GACACUAACAAAAUGCUAAUUACUUAAUUGAAACUAGUGAGUGGUGCAAGAACAUAGUAAAAAGGAUCCUAAAUAAGAUAAAAAAUGACAAAAGGCAAAUCAAAUAAAUCGCCACAGGCAUCUGAUGGUAAAGUCCUUAAUUUUGACCAUCUGAUAUUCUGGGUGGCUAAUGCGAAAACGGCUGCCAGUUAUUUUGUUACGCGUUUUGGUUUUAAGCUGAUAGCUACCAAAGAUCCUUCAGAGGCCAAGCCUGUGGUUUCUUAUGUUGUGAGACAGAAUAAGAUAACCAUAGUAUUCGAGUCACCCACAUCUCCUGGGGGAGAUAUCAACAAGGAUCUGUCAGCGCACGGCGACUUCGUGAAGGACGUAGCUUUGGAGGUGCAAGCGCUGGAUGACUUGGUAGCGUGCGCGCGCGCAAGAGGCGCUGACGUCAGGCGUGACGUCACUACGGAGAGCGACGAGGAGGGCACUGUCAGAUACGCGGUGUUGAGGACCUACGGUGACAAUACCCACACCCUCAUUGACCGGUCUCAGUACAAAGGAGUUUUCUUGCCGGGAUACACGCCUGUUCAAGAUGAUGAUCCAAUCAACACAUUAUUACCUGACACGCAACUUUUGUAUAUCGACCACGUGGAAGGAAACAUGGCAGAUGGAACCUUGGAAGACUCUACGUCAUGGUAUGAGAAGAACCUCAACAUGCACAGGUUCUGGUGCGUGGAUUAUAAGCACGAUAUUACGCCAUAUUCGUGCAUAAAAUCUACCUCCGUCAUCAAUCAAGAAGAAACUGUACUUCUAUCAAUGAACGAAGCAGCAAAAGGUCUGCGACCGACGAGUAAAGCGACGGAAUUCGUGAAGGCGCUUGGUACUUCAGGCGUCGAACACAUUGCUUUGUACACCGACGACAUCGUUGCUACGAUGCGAGAUCUGAAAGCUCGUGGCGCGGACAUUCUUGUUUUUCCUCCGACAUACUACGAUGUGAUCAAGGAGAAACUAAGCGAGAGUUCUCUCAAGGUCCACGAGACGAUCGACGAACUAAAGGAAAACCACAUUCUGAUCGACUUCGACGAGCGAGGGUACAUGCUGCAAGCCUUCACCAAGCACGUGCAGGCCAGGCCCACGGUUUUUGUCGAGGUUAUACAGAGGAGAAACCAUAGAGGAUUCGGUGCUAUGAACUACAAGUGGGUGUUCGAAGCCAUUGAGCGAUUGGAUGCUUCUGGCGAGAAAAAGGAGAAAGUCCCCGAAAAACCUGAACCCGAGCCAGAAAUUUAAUCAACUCAACAUUAAAUUAUUCUAUUUCUAAUUAAUUUGGCUGAAGGGAUUUUGAUAAGUGAAAUGUAUAGUUUAUAUUAGACACUCGUAAUAAUUGUAAGUACCUACGUUUAACUUUGUCAUAUUAUCAGAUUGUUAUUUUCUUAUAUUAUAAUAAAGAUAGAUUUAGAAUCUUGGUGUCAUUUUAA